AUGGAGGAUGAGGAAGGCUACACUGCUUUAAAUUUACGGCCCUCAGCUUCAGUUAUUACUUCUAGAUAUUCAAGCAGGAAUAAAUGUUCUGCAAUUAAGGCUCCAGCCCGUUGUGCUACAGUAGAUGGAGCCUCUGCCUCAUCUUCCAUAUGGCGGCCAGUGGCCUUUGCUCUCCUCGUUUUGUGCCUGGUGCUGCUGACAGGGCUAGUAGCCCUGCUAGCCCUGUUUUUUCAGGUUUCCAAAGAUCCUGAGGAAGACAAGAAGCUGCAGGAACUGAGGGAAGCGCUGUGCUUUGAAGGAAAGGACAAAAAUGAAACAAAAUGUGCUCUCUGUCCAGCAAGCUGGCAUAACAGUGGAGCUGACAGCUGCUUCUACAUUUCAAAGCAGAAGAAAACAUGGAAGCAAAGCCAAGAGUUCUGUUCCUCGAGAAACUCCACUCUUCUUGUGCUAAAAGACAGAGCAAAGAUGGCUUCUCUGCCACGGGAUUCACAAUUUUACUGGGUUGGAUUAUCAUACAUAUCUGAAAAGAGCGGCUGGUACUGGGAGGACGGAACAGCUUUUUCAAAAGAAGAAACAAAUUGGGUUGUGUUCUAUGACAACAUCUCAUGCGCCUCUUUUUACGGAUCAGUUAUUUAUACCAGCAACCCCUGUUCGACAAAGCAAUUGUGGAUCUGUGAGAAAGCUGUUGUUCAUUUUACCUGA